AUGCUCGCAGUGGGUACCCAAAUUAUUCGCGGAAAGCUCGUCGAGCUCGACCAACCGCUACUCCUCGUCAAGCCACACAACGUCGACGAGCUUGAAGAGACGGACGGAGGUGAGGUCGAAGUUUCGCACAUCGUCACCCAAAAACUGGUGUUCAACUCCAAGCCCGUCGACAUCAUCGACACGUUGAUGCCAAAAUUGGAGAGCAAGGAGGACGGGACGCUCUCGCAAAUGUCACAG